AUGUCCAAACUUGGAGCUCCUCUCUCUCUCUCUCUCUCUCUCUCUCUCUCUCUCUCUCUCUCUAUAUGUAUAUAUAUAUAAGCAUCGGGCAAGUAGCGUUUGUCGUCGUUGUGAAUGAUUGAACCCAAAAAGUGUCCGCAUCUGCCUGCUGAUAUUAAUCUCAAGAGGUUUUGUUUUUGAGUGGAAGACUUAAACCACAGGCUGUGCUGUGUAUAUCUACUUCUCACCCUAGUCUCACACACUAUCAUUAUAAGUACUCAGCGGAGGAAAAGAAAAGAAAGGCCACCAGCGAAAGACAAUUAAGACCAACCCUUCAUGUGUGACGGACAUUUCUCACUUCUACAACUUCAUGUCAAUCAACCCAAACGAAGAACUCUGAAUUCCCAUGUAUAGAGUGAGUUCUGUGGAGUUGGAUUGAAGAAAUUAAGAAAGGCCAAAAAGACCCACACCCUUUUGUGGGUACUUGAGGAAAUAGGCGUGUGUGAACUUAGAAGAAAUUUAGAGAAAGGGAAGAGGAGAGGGAGGUCAUCACUCAUCACCAAGGUGACUAGUAGAGAGGCAUGAGCAUGGGAGAAGAGCUAACGGACACAAAGAAGGAGAUUGAGGCAGGGGACUUGGAAGAGCAGAACAAGGGUGAGCAUGAGGACAUAAAAAAGAUCGAACCAUGGACAAAGCAGAUCACAUUGCGGGCAAUCGUGUCGAGCGUCGUGAUCGGGAGUGUGUACAGCAUAAUAGCGAUGAAGCUGAACCUCACAACCGGGCUGGUUCCGAACCUGAACAUAUCUGCCGCCCUCCUCGCCUUCGUGUUCAUGAGGUCAUGGACCAAAGUUCUUCACAGGGCUGGAAUUGCGACAGCCCCAUUCACCAGGCAGGAGAAUACCAUAAUUCAGACAUGUUCAGUAGCCUGUUAUAGCAUUGCAGUGGGAGGUGGGUUUGGGUCAUACCUGUUGGGUCUGAGCAAGAAGGAGUACGAACUUGCAGGGACGGGGACAGUGGGGAAUACUCCAGAGAGUUAUAAGGAGCCAGGGAUUGGGUGGAUGACAGGAUAUCUUUUCCUGGUUUGCUUUGUUGGCCUUUUUGUCUUGAUUCCUCUUAGAAAGGUCAUGAUAAUUGACUACAACCUAAUUUAUCCGAGCGGCACAGCUACGUCGGUUCUCAUCAAUGGAUUCCACAGCAUGGGAGAUCAUAUGGCAAUGAAGCAAGUUAAGGGGUUCAUGAAGUAUUUCACUGCAAGUUUCUUCUGGGGGUUCUUCCAGUGGUUUUUUUCUGGGAAAGUGAAGUGUGGUUUCUCCCAGUUUCCUACUUUUGGAUUGCAGGCUUGGAGGCAAACAUUCUACUUUGAUUUUAGCAUGACAUUUGUGGGAACAGGAAUGAUCUGCCCCCAUCUAGUGAAUCUGUCAUUGCUUCUUGGAUCUAUACUCUCAUGGGGAAUAAUGUGGCCACUCAUUAGCAAUCGUGAAGGCAAAUGGUUCCCAGAGAACUUACCAGAGAGCAGCAUGGAAGGUUUAAAUGGCUACAAGACUUUUUUCUCCAUUGCCCUCAUACUUGGAGAUGGACUCUACAAUUUUAUGAAGGUCAUGUGUAUGGUGGCCAUCAAUGUCCAUGACAGAUUAUCAAACAAGAAUAUUACAGCUGCGGGCAGCCAGCAUAAGGCCUUGGAAGACCUAAAAAAGAAUGAAGUCUUCAACAGAGACAGCAUCCCCACGAGGGUAGGAGUCUUAGGGUACAUCCUCUUCUCCAUGAUUUCAGUCAUCGCACUCCCGAACAUUUUCCACCAGCUCAAAUGGUACUAUGUCGUCGUUGCCUACAUCCUUGCCCCUUCCCUUGCAUUCUGCAAUGCCUAUGGAGCUGGUCUAACUGAUAUGAACAUGUCUUAUAACUAUGGCAAAGUGGCUCUCUUUGUGCUAGCAGCUCUUGCUGGAAAGAACUCCGGCGUGGUGGCCGGACUUGCUGGGUGUGGCCUGAUUAAGUCUGUGGUUUCUGUUGCCUGCAUUUUGAUGCAGGAUCUUAAGACAAGCCACCUGACCUACACCUCCCCCCGAUCCAUGUUCAUCAGCCAGGCCAUUGGAACUGCCUUAGGCUGUGUGGUAGCCCCCCUCAGCUUCUUCCUGUUCUACAAGGCAUUCGAUGUGGGGAAUCCAAUGGGAGAAUUUAAGGUACCCUUUGCUAUAAUCUACAGGAAUAUGGCUAUUCUGGGUGUUGAGGGAUUUUCGGCUUUGCCCCAGCAUUGCCUGGAGAUCUGCUGUGGCUUUUUUGCAUUUGCAGUGGGAAUCAACCUGGUGAGAGAUCGUUUCCCAAACAGAGUAGGGAAGUGGAUGCCAAUUCCAAUGGCAAUGGCUGCACCAUUUCUGGUUGGGACUUACUUCACUAUUGACAUGUGUUUGGGGACAUUGGUAGUGUUUGUUUGGCAGAAGAUGAAUGCCAAGAAGGCUGAGCUGAUGGUUCCUGCAGUUGCUUCUGGGUUAAUCUGUGGAGAAGGGCUGUGGAUUCUUCCUUCAUCCAUUCUUGCCUUGGCCAAACUGACUCCACCCAUCUGCAUGAAAUUCUUGGCUUCUUAGAAUAAACAACACCCCCACUUCCCAAAAUUCUCCCCCAAUUCCCAAAAGACGAAGUUAGUUCCCUAUAGUUCAUUUGCUCUUUUUUUUUUUUUUUUUGUUUCAUCAAGAAAAAUGGUUGAGAAGGGUAGCCUUAAUGCAACAGUAGAAUUGUCGCUGAGUGAUCUACAAGUCAUGGAUUCAUAGAAACAUGAUUUUACAAAAAUGCACGAAAAAGCUACAUACUAUAGACGCAUCGUGAUCCAUCCCUUCUCUAAACUUGCAUAUAUAGAAGUUUUGUGCACCAAACUACCAUUAGGGGGUUCUGGCACAACCAAUGCAAUUAUUACUAUGCUCGUUUGCAAUGUAUUGCUAAGAUACAAUAAUGUUUUAUAGCCUCUAUUUGUUAUUGGACUAUGUAAAAUCUUGACCCAUAAUCAACUCCGUAUAUUUUUAAA